UAAUAUUUCCCUUUCCUCCUCCUCCCUUCCCCUUUCUUUUCCUUCCUCCCUUCUCUUUCUCUUGUUUGUUUUAGCGAGGCAUCUCUUUUGCAGGGGUGUACAGAGAACACAUAGGCAUGUGCAUAAAUCAUACGAUAUGAAAGUUUCGUUGGACCAAUUGGGGAAAACUAGUCAGCUGAGUCGACUCAGGUGUUCUAUCUCCUGGAGCCUUGGGAGAGUAGCCGGAGACCUCUCUAGAUUAAGGAGAUAUUUUCCCCUGAGGACUCUAAAAUUGUUUGCGAGGUCAGAGGGAGAGAGUAAGAAACAGGGGAGGAGAGCAGAGUUCCUCCUUUUAAUCCAAAAAUACUUGCGGUGAGGAGAAGUAAGUUUGGGACCGAGCAGAAAGGGAGGACUCGGGGUGGUUCAACAGCCUGUCUUCCCGGGCUGGGGGCGGUGCUGGUGCCUUUGGCUCCUCCCGGGCCGGGGCGGGCCGGGGCGCGGCCGCUGCUUGGCUGGCUCCUUGAGCUCUCCGACUCCAGUCCCGGCACUGGCCGCUCUUCCUCCAGCAUGGUCCCCCGGUAAUGGAUUAAAAAUCGCGCCCGGAGCCAAGCGGGAGUCCGGGAAGCCCCAGUCCGCCCCGCCCAGCUCGGGCCCGCCCCCGGGGUCCACGAGCCGCUCCGCGCGCCGGCUCCUCUCCCACUCCUCUCCCCUGCUGCUCGGGGCAGGCGGCCGCUUCUCCCCCCGCGGAGAUGUCCGGCGGCGGCCGGAGGAGGGCCGGCUCCUCCUGGCCCAGCUUCUCCCGGUUCUUCACUCCUCGAAGCCCUUCCCGGGAAGAGGAGGAGGAGAAGCCCGCAAUGAGCCAUCUUCUGGCUGGAGUAGCUCCCAGUCCAGAAAAUGGGCCUGUCAUUGUAAGUCAGAAAAUAGAAGCUGCACCUUCAAGAGAGCCAGUAAAGAUUUCCCAAAGUGAGGACAGUAGGAAGCAUUCUGAGAAAUCAUCUAAUCUUUCACCAGAAGACUCAAAAAAGCCAGACAGCUUUUCCAGUUUACCUUCAGUUGCUAAAACUGUAGACAGUGAUAAGCAGUCAAAAGAAAGCUUUCUCCAGUUUCUUGGCAACUUAUUUAAUAUCUCAGCAAAAUCCCCACAGCAACCAAGCCUCAAAAGUGAAUGUGACAAAACUGAAAAGGAUUCACAAAAUCUCAUUGUUCUUCAUGAAAAAGAGUUUAAAAAGGAAAGUGAUAAAUGCAGCAGUUCUCCUAUGGAAGAACCAAGCUCAACAAUUGAGGAAAAGAACCUGCCAACUUCAGUUGAUCUGUCAGAUACUGUAUUACAAGAUAGUGAACAAGAAAACAGUGAAUUGCUCAAAAAAAUAGAAUGUGAACCUGAGAUAUCUUCCAUUACAUAUUCAACUUACCACGGUCCCAAACAAAUUUUGAAAAUUUUGAAGAAACAAACCAAAUUAGAGAAUUUGAAUUCUGUACAAAGAGCAGAUGAAACUUCGGAUUCUAGUGCAAGUACUCAGACUGGAACUGGAAGUGAUUCUGAGGCUGUUGUCUGUCCUGAUUCACCAAUCAAGAAUGACACAGAUCUGCUCAAAAGCCCUUUAAAAGAUGCCAUUUUAAAUAACAGUCAUUUUAAGGAAUCUGUAUUAAGCAAACCAUCAUCGCCAUCAUCAUCUCCUGAAUCUAUCUCUAGUUCUAUAGUUGAGUCCUGUUAUAAUCAUCCUUUAAAUUAUGUACCAGUGUACAGAAUAGACAAUGACAUGGUAGGAUCAAUGUUAUUCAGAAAUGAUACCAAAAACCCUAGAAAUCCUGUUUUUCAGAGUAUAGUGAAUCCAAAAACCACUUUAGAAAAUAACUUUUUGAAGAAUGAUAAAACAUCAGAGCAAAGAGAUGAACAUUUCCAAACCUCAAGAAUAGUUCUUUCUGACAUGAAUAUAGGUUUAACUAAAAGAGAAUCAGAAAUAGUCAAACAUGAAUGUGAAGAUUUGUCAAGUCCAAGUAAAACAGCUUUACAUGAAGAAUUGGAACUGCCAGUGAGUAAUUGCUCAUUGUCUUGUAAUUUUGGCAGCAUUGUUCUUCAUCAAGCUGAAACAGAUACAGAACAUAUGAAUGAAGAAAACAAGUCAGUUAUUCAAGACUCAGAAACAAAUAUGCAAGUUAAAGAAAAUACAAAAGAAAAAGAAAUUUCUUCAACUACAGGCCUCUUAUCUUCAAAUAACAUAUCACAUACAAAAAAUGAAAUGGUUGGAUCUUUCUUGAAAAACAUUGAUUAUAACCUUAUAACAAAAAACAAGAGCUUUGAUUCUGGUCCAUCAGAUAAUAAAAUGUCUCAAAACAUUUUAAUAAUUCAAAAUAACUGUCCUAUAAAAUCUGUUAAUGAGUCAGAAAAGAUAGAUUGUAUACAAAAUAGCAUAACACCUGGACUGAAAUUUGAAAUUGUUAAUAAAAACCAUAUUUCAGUAUGUCCUUUUGAAUCUGAAAAUCUUGCACUGGCCAAAGUCUUACCUGGCUCUUUAAGUGUUAACAAUGAAAAAACAUGUCCCAUCCUUGAAAAUAAAAAGACUGAUCCAUUUGAUUUAACUCCUACUUUUGACUUUGAAAGUGGCAUCUUCAGAAAGUGGGAAGAUCCGAUUUUAAAGAAUUUGAAUUCUGCUGUAGAGCAUGAACAAGACAAAACCGUUCAUUCCACAACAUUCAAGGAGAUUCAUCUGCUGCUUCCUGAUUUUGAGUCUGAAGAGAUUUACCAAGCUGAGGUUUCUCCAUCUAACUGUAUGUUCACAGAUAAACAUUUGAAGGCCACCACACAAAUUCCUCACACAUCCCAAAGUGAAGCCCCAAUUGUUCUUGAGAGUGGUGUGGCAGAGGAUUUGCUUCAUGGCCAUGACAGUAAAGCCAUAGGGUCAGUGACAUAUGAUGAGAACAAAAUCUCACUUGGUCUUCAUGAACUUAGAGACAUUGAUGGCUCUAAAAUAAUUUCUGAUAAAUCUGGAAUAGGGCUCAGUUCCUCUGAUAUGUUACCUAAAUCCCAAGAUAAUGGUAGCAUAUUACCUAAAACCCAAGAUUAUGGCACCUUACAGAUUCUGGAUUCUGAUAUUAGUAUGGCAAAAAUCACUUCUGAAUUAAAAGCCGAAAGUUUUCUUGAGGUUUCCUCUACACUGAGAGUAGAAGAAACAGCCUCAUUUCAGAGACAUUAUGAAAAAAAUAAUUUAUUAGGUGACAGUUCUAAUACUGUUUCAUCUUCCUGCAGUAAACUUGAAGAAGCUAACAUGAUUAUGAAUUCAUCUAAACCCAAAGAUAAUUUUGAAAUUUUGAAAAUUACUACAGAAUUCUCAUGUGAAGAUACUUGCUUAGUUAUGUCCUCCAAUAGCAGCCAUUGGGAAUUUGAAAAAGCUAACCGCAUAGUGGCAGAAAUGACCUUGUGUCAUAGACAUGACAGAGAUAUACCUAACAUUCAUACUGAAAAGGGUGGUCCUAAUUAUAUCACGGCUGCUGUGCUGAAAAGUGCUAUGGAAGCUGAUGUUCAAACAGUUGCUAGUGCUACAGUGUCAGUUAACAGCUUUAGCCUACAGUGUUCUGAAGCAUCAGCUGAGGACACAGGAACAAGGAGAAGAGCACAUGAUAGACCACUGGACUCCAACAGUGAUUUAGUUAAAGCAGCUGAGAAGUUGGUUGAUUUAAUUUUGGAGUCUGCUAGGCAAGAGCUAAAGUCCACACAAAUAGGGGUUAACUACCAGGGAUGUAAUGCAGUUACCUUGAAAGAAGAGACCAUUGGUAAAAAAACAUCAGAAGAAAAAGAGAAGACAUUGAUUCAGCCCCCAGACCAUUUGGAUGAGUGCAGUGUUAAAGAUGUGUCAGAAGACAAAAGAGAAGAAAAAGCCUGUAUUUUAACUAUCAGUGGUGAGAGAAAUCUCCUUAUUGAUACUGAUAAAAUGGAUAUGUCUAAUUUAUUAAUAAUCAAAGCAAGAGAAUUGGUCAGUGAGGUUAUUCAUGGUGCCCAGCAAAAACUGGUAGAUAGUCAUUACAGAAAAACCAAGCCCAGGAACCAUGCCAGAAACACUGAAAAGGCCAAUGCCACAAAGAUUCUGAACAAUGAUAUUGUUAAACCACAUUAUAUAGCUAAAGGAUUCUUGGCUUCAGAGCAGUCAGAAUCUCAAAGCGUAACUAAAGUUAGUGAAAAUAAAGAAUCAAAAAAUCUUUUGGCAAAAAGUAAUUUAAAUAAUGACACACAUUCAACUAAAGGAAGAGAACUGGUGCCUUACCAAAAACCUUUAUAUUCUGGAAAUGGAUUGGAACAGUCGAAUAGUGUGGAGUUGCCAAAAUCAGAUGUUUUACUAUCAGAGAAUAUAUCCCAUAAAGAUUUAGAUGAUAAAAGUAUGCCAUUAACCUUUAACAAAGACAAAAGUAAAGUGCAAAAGGCACUAAUUCAAAUAGAUAAUGUGGGUUGCCACAAAACUCAGAAGAAAGAUACUGAAACACUUGUCUUAAAUUUCAAAUGGCCCCCUUUCAUGAAUGAUGAAGUAUAUACCCAUUUACCCAGCACAUCCAAAAGUAGUUUUUCUGAUAGUCUUGUAUGUAUUAAUGAAAAAUGCCUACCAGGACACAGUAAUAAAUCACUGUCUAUUGCUAUGUUAGAGAUGGGAAAAGUAUGCAGAAAAGAUGCUGAAUUUGGUAUGGGCAAAAUUGAGGUGGCACCACCCAUGCUAGAAAUGGGAAAAGUAAACAAGAAAAAUACAGAAUUAAAUGCAGGAAAAAAUGAACUGAUGCCCUCAGUGUUAGAAAUGGAAAAAACAUUCAAAAUGGAUGUUGAAUUAAAUGCAGGAGAAAAUGAGCUGAUGCCCUCAGUUUUAGAAUUGGGGAAAUCAUAUGGAAGAAGCAAAUUAAAUUUUACAAAAUUAGAAAGUAUCCCUGAUAAUUUCAAAAUGGGAAAAACAUUUAAAAGGAACACUGAUGAAAUGGCACCUGUCAUGUUAGAAAUUGAAAAGGCAUUUGAAAAGGAUAUUGAAGAGGAUGUUAGAAAAACUACAGUGAUAUCCUCUAAGUUAAAAAUGGAGAAAACACACAGAGAUGAUAUUCAAUUGAAAAUUUCACAAACUGACUUAGCAAAACCCACUAUUUUAGACAUAGCAGAAAUGAACCAAAAUACAACUGAAGGAAAUGGUGAGGAAAAUAAAGUAAUAUCUUCAAUGUUUGAAGUAGAAAAAGCAUACCAAAUAGAUAUUAAAAGGAAUUUUGGACAAACUGAAAUGAGACCUAUAGAAACAAAGGAAAAUAUAGUGCUAUGUGCCAACAAAGCUAAAUUUCAGUUUGAGGGAUAUGACUUGCCUAGAUUGAGUGAAGAUUGUAAAGGAAACAUUGGCUUUUUGACACCAGAUUUUUUACCUGAAGAUUCCAAACUAAGGACAGAAAAACAUCUGUAUAUGACUGCAGUGUGUAGGAAUGAAAAAGGUCUAGAUUAUGACAUUGUAAAUGAACAAUCACAUUUAGCUUUUAUACCACAAGAUGAGCAAAGUAACUCUACUUUUACCAUUUUGUAUGAAGAACCCCUUCAAGAUGAGUGUCAAUAUUUAUCUACAGAAGAAGAGGGAGCCCAUUCCCUGGGAUUUCCUGGCAAGUCUACCAGCGAUCUGCCACAUGUUCUGGUAUGUGAAAGGUCUGAAAGUAGAACUGACCUUGUUCAUCAUUUUGAAAAGGAGAGUAAAUCCAGUGAAAUAUUUGAUAGUGACAAUUCUGAAAUGUUCUUAUCAGUAGAGGCAAAAAGAUACAAAGUCUAUCCUUUAGCCUUAUCUCCUAUUUAUGAAGAUGAUAGCUCACAGGAAGAUAUCUUGUCAAGUGAAGUAUCCCCAGGACAUCGUGGAUCUAGUGCAAAAUCAAGAGAUGGUGCUAGUCAACCCUCUUCUGUAUUGUCCCUUCUCCAAUCAGUGUCAGAGCGUUUAAGGAUGAAUUUUGAUGAUGGGGAAAAACUUGAGACAGAGGAAGAAGUAGUAGUGGAUGAGGAUGAGGAGGAAUCACAACAUAAAGAGAUUAUUUUGACAGCUGGAAAGAGAGAACAUGUUACUUUUCAAAUUCCAGAUUGUUCAACUAUAAUUUAUCAAGGAGAGGAGCAAGAGGGAACUAGAUCUUACAAAAUGCCACUUUUUCUUUCAAAUGAACCCACCACCUCUAAUCAACAAACUGUCCUGUGGCAAGAUAGGUCCUUAAUUCACCAUGCACCAGGUCCUUUUCUUCAAAAGUCUGACCUCAGUUCUAAAUUACAUUCAUCUUUCAAGAGUGUCUAUAGCCAAUAUUUACAAACUACUAAAACCGUGUCACCUGAGAAAGGACUCAAGUUUGGAGGUAAUCUUCAGGAACAAGUCCCCAAAUUAAACACUGGUCCAGAGAAUCCCAUUGAUAAACAAUGCCUGAGAAGUAACCCCAGACCUGGGAAGAUGGUUAUCUAUGACCUUCAUGGAAGCAAAUAUAAACAAGAGGUUUAUAAUAACAUUCUUGAUGCUACAUCCUGGACCUUUCCAAAUGGAGCACUCAUCAAAGUUGUAAGAGGAUGCUGGAUUAUAUAUGAGAAACCACAUUUCCAAGGUCAAAAAUGUGUUUUAGAAGAAGGAGAGAAAGUGCUCAAUCGUGACUGGAUUUUUCGGAGUAAAAAGCAUCAAAGAAACUUUGUGAUUGGUUCUAUCAAGAGAGUAUUAAAGGAUUGUAGAGUUCCAGAAAUAGAGCUUUGCCCACAGGCUGAUACAGCAUGUUGCCCUGUUUAUUUGCAAAGAGCAGUUGCCAAUUUAGAAGAACUUAAUUUACCAAGAUCAGUGUCAUUUGCUGUGAAGGCAGGAGUUUGGCUUGCCUACCCAGAUGCUAAUUUUAAGGGACAAGUGACAGUUCUGGAAGAAGGUCAUGGACUCUUUGAGAUUUCAGCAUCUGAAAUGAAAUCACUGCAUCCACUUCAAAUGGGUGGAUUGAAGGUGGAAAUGCCUAUGAAUUUAAGAGUGAUUAUAUAUGAUAAAACACAUUUCCUUGGACAGGCCAAGGAGUUUAAUGAACAUGUAGAUUCUGUCCCAGAGCUUUUCAGAAAUGAAGAGAAUUUCUUUGGAAUUGCAUCAAUUCGUGUCAUUGGUGGAGUGUGGGUUGCCUAUGAAAAAGAACAUUUUAAAGGCCAACAGUUUCUGCUUGAAGAAGGAGAAUAUGAAGAUAUUAGCACCUGGGAGACAUUGAAUAGCACUAUAUUGUCUUUCCGGUACUUACAAGCAAAUUUCAUAGAAUCUUCAAUCACACUAUUUGAAUCUGAUAUAGAAAACUCAAAGUAUGUUACAAUUAUUAAUCGGGACGUUCCUGAUUUGGAAGAAGUUGGAUUUGGUAAUGAAACAAGAUCAAUUCAUGUUAAAAGUGGAGUUUGGGUUGGCUACCAACAACGAUUCUUCUGUGGAGAACAGUAUAUACUAGAGAAAGGGAAAUAUAAGAGCUUUUUUGACUGGGGAGGAUCCAACAACCAAAUCAUGUCAAUAAGGCCUGUUAGACUGGAACCUCUUGGGAUAAAUGAAUCACCAUAUUUGCUCAAAGCAUAUGAUCAACUAAAUUUCCAAGGAAAUUGCAUAGAUUUCACAGACUAUAUUUCUGAUUUGACAGACUUCAUACCACAUUCAUUUAAGGUUCUUCGGGGAUGCUGGCUCAUGCAUUGCCAAGAGGAUGUGACAAGCACCCAGUGUGUGUUAGAAGAAGGCCUCUAUGCUGACCUUACUUCCUGUGGCUGCUCUCCAGCUAGAGUCAAAUCUCUCAAGCCUAUUGAAUAUGUUUUUGAAGAACCCUUUAUCAGUCUCUUUGCUUUGGAACACUGUGAAGGAAGAGAACUCCAUUUAGGAGAUGCAAUCAACUCAGUUCUGAACAAGGAUCUCUACUUCUACACACAAUCAGUGUGGGUAAAAAGUGGAUUGUGGAUUGCUUAUGAAGGUUCUAAUUUCCUGGGAAGACAAAUUUUGCUAGAGUCUAGUGAGAUCUCAAAUUGGUCAGCAUUCAGUGGAUGGAAAACAAUUGGCUCUCUACGCCCCAUCAAACAGCCUUCAGUAUACAUCAGAAUAAAGAACCGAGCCCAAGGUGAUUAUCUAACAGUCACUGGAAAUCUAGCUGAUUUGAGGACAACAUCAGUAUGUAUCUCUCCUUAUAAUGGAAAAAGUACCCAAAUGUGGUACUACUGUCGAGGACUCUUUAAAUCCAAGGCUAAUGAUACAUGUCUUGAUGUUAUUGGUGGAAAAGACAUACCUGGAGCUAAAGUAGCUGUAUGGAGUGAACAUGGGAGGCUUAGGCAAAAGUGGAAGAUGAACAAAAAUGGAACCAUCAGUUCUUACCUUAAUGACCAGCUUGUCCUUGACAUUAAAGGAGGAAGUUAUUGUGAUAAGACCCAUAUAAUAAUAAACCAGCCUCUGGAGGGGGAACCUACACAGCAAUGGGACAUUGAAAUAUUGUGAAUAAAAUCACCAUCAUCACUAAGAGGAGCUAAGGAAGGUGGAAUUGUUUCCCUCAUUGUCUUAAGCAUGUGAAAAAGGAAGCUACUGAAGUCACAGGCCACUGGAACAUAAGCAGAUAAUGAACUUGUUUACAUGUUUCUUUCAUCUGUUUAUAGAUAUGGAUUCCUAGACCACUGCCUUUUAACCAUAGAGAGGCCAGGUGGAGUUAAAACACUUUUGCCAGUUUCUACAUAAAUCUAUAGAAGCUUUCUAUCACUAAGAUGAUAGACUUGGAUUCCUGUGAUAUGCCCUCUUCUUUUUAAGCUCAUCUUUCCUUUUUGUGAUGAUGUUUCUUGAGGGGGAUGCUGGUCGGGGGUACAGUUUAUAUACUGUGCUUUACUCAAUAUCAUUUUUUCCUAGAAAACUAUCCAACACAAAUAUGCAAAAAGUCUUUCAAGCUUUGGCUAGCCAGGCUCAAAUUUGUGUUGCUCUAAAAGUUAGUGUUCUUGAAGAGUUGUCAUUCCACUUAUGCUAUUAAUAACUACUUCAGGGUGACUACACUAAAGACUAAUAGUAUAUGAUUUUGUGUGUGUGCGCAAGUAUGUGUGUAUAUUUCUAUAUCAUGGGGAAUUUUACAGGUCAAAUUAUACUUUUGUCAAAAUCAGAGGUUAUCUGAACAGCAGGUAAGCCCAUCUUCUAAAAGUAUUACCAAGUAUUACCUUUUUUGAUACCUGAAGCACUAUAUUACACAAAGCAACUGGCUCACUGGGAAGGACUAAAAGAACAAGCCUCAACUCUUCCAGGAUUAAAAGCACAAUUCUGUAUGUGGUAAUUCCUGUUGCUCACCAGCAUGAUGCUAUUCCUUUUAAAGGAUGAAUUCCUUCUAUUUUUAAAAAAGCACAGAUGACAAGAAUGAAGCCUUUUGGAUAUUAAAGACAAUGCUAUUUAAAUACUAUGGGAGGAAAAGCAGUAUCAAUCUAAUUAAUAUUUACUGAUCCCAGAUGCAUUACACUCAGGCUCAGUGUUCUCUUUUCUUUUUUACUUUACAUACUUACAGUAUUUGAGAACUCCCUCCCAAAUAAGUAACAAGACAAGCCAAAUUAUUAUUCUGUCUGCUUGAAAUGGUUACAAAGCUUCAAUGUUAGUUUGAAAUUAAAGUUGUGUUUUCACCUAGACCAUGACCAUUUUUUCCCCUAAAAUAUAAAUUGGGCAGAUGUCUUGAGACUGCCUCCUGUUCCCCUUAUCCAUCAAUCUUCUAGAAAACACUUUAAGUAAGUCGCUAAACAGGCAAUCAAUAAAACUAGUUAGGCAAUAUAUAAUCUUUGGUAUUUCAGGUAAUUAUAUCUUUUUACUCUCCUAUUGAAUAAUUGAGGUAUUUUUCACCUGACCUUGUAUAAUUUAUUCUGAGCUGGAUUUAAAAAUGCAUUGAAACGCUCCAAAUUUCUUGCUAGAAAGCAUAUGAAAACACCUUCUCUAUUUUUAUAUAUGUUAAAAGUCUCAAAUGAAAUUUCAGUGAUAUUUUUAAAAUAUCAGCUUCAUUGCACUUUAGAAUGUAAAUUAACAGUAAAUAAGUUAAAUUCAGACCUAGAUCUGCUGAUCUGAAUUUUUAUAGUAACCUGAUCUUUCAAUGUAAAUACUUAAGAUUAACUAUUUGUUUGGUAUUAUUAGAACUUAGACAGGAUUUUUUUUUUCCUUUUGUCGUCUUGGCUCCUUCAAGAAGCAUUUGUAAAAUUUUACAGUAGACCCAUUGAUGUGAAUACAUCUCAUUGCUGUGCCAGUGUUAUUUAAUGGAAUUUUAUGUAACAGGAAUAACUGAGGGCAAGGCUUUAAAAUUUUAAAUGGAAGCCUUUCUUGUGUAUACAUACAAGAAACCUGUAUAUUUUUACUGUAAAAGCUAAAUUUAAAAAAAAAAAAAUUCUUCUUAAAUUGUUUCAAGGAAUUUCUUUUUAGAACAAGUUGGGUAGUUCUUUAAAAAAUUACUAUAUCCAAAGAACAAGGCAAGGUACCACAUUUAAAUUGUAAAGAAAUCAGAGUUGUGCUUUUUUUUUUUUUUUUACAACACUGGAUUAAAUAAAAUAAACUUGUCAUACACA